GUGGCCGCUGUUAGUUCCGUGUUGUGUUGGUGUCACAACAUCGAAGUUCUUAUUAUCUUAAAUUAUUAUGACAUCGUUCUACAAUCACAUCGUCCUUUGGUGAUAUUGUCGUGAUAUUAUCUGCCAUAGUGACGCAGGACGGAAGACAGUUAUGUGAUUAGUUAUUGCAGGAUCGCCUCUGAUUGGUUGAAGUGGAAAGAGGGUCAACACUUAUGUCACAUGGAAGAAGUGAAGAAAAUGAAGAACAAAGUUACCAACUGCACGGCAGGAUGGUCCUGGCAGCGAUACCUGGAGGAAUGCAAAGCUGAAUCUGCACCUGCCGAUCUGUUUACAAAGGAGCAAUGCUCCACCAAUGAGACGCAUGGAUUCAAGGUGGGGAUGAAGCUGGAGGGUGUGGACCCGCUGCACCCCUCCAUCUUCUGUGUGCUGUCCGUUGCCGAGGUGAUUGGCUGCCGGCUGCGGCUCCACAUCGACGGCUACUCCGAGUGCUAUGACUUCUGGGUAAACGCCGACUCCCCAGAUAUCAGACCGGCCGGCUGGUGUCUCCGCCAAAACCACAAGCUCCACCCCCCGAAAGGCUACCAUGAGACAGGUUUUGAUUGGCAGGUCUAUCUGCGGUCGACCAAUAGCAAGCUGGCUCCCGAAGACCUCUUCACGAUCCCUAGUCCUCCCCCCCCCUCUCUGUUCCGGGGGGGGCUGAAGCUGGAGGCGGUGGACAGGAAGAACCCGUCUCUGGUCUGCGUGGCGACGGUCGCCGACGUCAUCGACCAGCAGCGCAUACUGGUGCACUUUGACAACUGGGACGACUCCUACGACUACUGGUGUGACAGCAGCAGUCCUUACAUCCAUCCCAUCGGCUGGUGUCAGGAACAGGCCCGCCCCCUCACUGCCCCGCAAGGUCACCCCUGUCCGGAGUCCUUCCAGUGGGAGGAGUAUCUGGAGAAAACUAAGAGUUCAGCGGCUCCCAGUUCAGCCUUUACACCGAGAGCUCCCCAUGGCUUCCAGGUGGGCCACAAGCUGGAGGCGGUGGACGGGAGGAACCCCAUGCUGAUCCGCAUCGCCACGGUGACGGAGACGGACGCCCACAGGGUCAAGAUCCACUACUCCGGCUGGUCGGAUCAGUUUGACGUCUGGUGCGACAGCGACCUCUGUGACCUGCACCCCGCAGGCUGGUGCCAGCAGACUGGACACCCGCUGGAGACACCAGCAGACUCCUCCCUAAGCCCCGCCCCCUCACAGGGGGUGUGUCCUACUCCCGGCUGCCGGGGAGUCGGUCACAUCAAAGGACCCAAAUACAACGGACACCACAGUGCUUUCGGCUGCCCCUACUCCGACAUGAAUGUGCGCAGAGAGACCAUCUUCCCAGACCGCCUGGCGGUGGGGGGGAGGGGCCUUACCGCUGCACCACCAGGCAACACAGCCUCACACCAUCACCAUGGAAACCAGAAGGAGGGCUGGCGGGUGCUGAGGCCUCGGGGCAGGCCUCCGGGCCGGACCUCCAGCAGCCGGGGCUUCCAGGUGAAGACGGAGCCCGGGGAGGAGCAGCCCUGUGGGGGUACGGCCAGGCUGGUGUUGGCCCUGCGGAAGCGGAGCACGGGGCUGUCCAGAAGUUCUGAGCCGACCAAAUUCCUCCGUGUCAAAAAGGAAGAGGAAGAGGUACAGCUGACGUCGUCCACCCCUUCAUCAACCCCAGAGGCGACCAGCCUGCAGGCGCUGCACCAGUCCGUCUUCCUGUCGUCUAAAGAACUUCCUGUCCACUGCAAACUACUUCCUGGGGCGGCCGGUCUCAACGCCCACACAGUCCAGACCUGGAGCGUAACACAGGUGUCGGAGUUCAUUGAGUCCCUCCUCGGUUGUGAGGAUCUGGCCAAGCGCUUCAGAGACCAGCAGAUAGAUGGGCGGGCUCUUCUCCUGCUGACCCAACGAGACAUCCUCAGCAUCAUGUCAAUCAAACUGGGCCCCGCCCUAAAGAUCUACACCUCCAUCCUCAUGUUUAAACAUGCGGACAACAAGGACCAAUCGGUGUGCCAGGACAAGGACGCCUGAAUCUGUGAGGUCAUCGCAGUCGACCCUCCACUCCUCUCUCCUUUUCACACACACACACACACACACACACACACACACACACACACACACACACACACACACACACACACACACACACACACACACACACACACACACACACACACACACACACACACACACAUUACUACAACCAGGCGUUCUCGAGGAUGUUACCACGGAGACAUGACAAACGAAUAUAUAAUGUAUUGACUAUAAUAUAUAUAUGUGUGUGUAAUAUAUGGAUAAUAUGGAGAUGCCGUAGACUUUUCAUGGGUUUAGUUUGAUCAUGACACUUCAGCCCAGUCCUGAUACUGGGGACCAGUAAGCCCAGGCUGGUGACCAGUCACCCACUGCUCAGGUAACCCUAAAUCUUGUUCUGUUUUGAACGCCCCUUUCCUGGGGGAUUGUGAUAUUGUCUUUUAAUCAUCAUUAUCCACGACCACCAAGGGCAUAUAUAUAUAUCUAUAUAUAUAUAUCUAUAUAUAUAUAGAUAUAUAUAUAUAUAUAUAUUUAAUAGGCAGGUCACCGUUCGUUCCAUAUAUUUAAAUGUGGGAUACUUUGUAUUAUUUGGUCAGUUGGGAACUCAGGUAUUUACCUUCUACCGGUUUUAAGUCGGUUUCUACCAUAAAACAAACUCUUUGUACAAGUUUAUAGCGUUCCACUCGCAGACUUCUAUCAAUAAAGUUGUUGAUUUCCAGUCAUGUGUGUGUGUGUCUGUUCACUGCUUUAAUCUCUUGAACUGGUCUGAACUGGUCUGAACUGGACUCUGUAUAUCCUCCUCUUUUACACCAUACCACCCCUUCUCCUCCCUUAAUCUCCACAAAACACCCCU